ACUCUUCCCAUGAAGCUGCUGCUGCUGCUGGGGCUGCUGGGGCUGCUGCUGGCGCUGGCCCGCGCGGCACGACGCGGGGGGCGUGCCUCGCGCUGACUCAGCGGCGGCGGCGGCGGCGGCGGCGGCGGCGGCGGCGGCGUUGGUAGCGGGCCCUUGCGCAGUUUUCCUUCUUCCGAGGCCGCCGACCCCGCCCGCCGGCUUUAGCCAACCUGCCCGCCCCGCUCCGCUCCGCUCCGCGCCACGCAGAGGAGCAGGCGACCCGGGGACGACGCCGAGCGCCGAGGCGAGCGCGGCCCGGGCCAGCUCGGGCGCUAUAGCGCUGCGGCGGCUUGCAGCGGAGGACUACGGCGGCGGCGGCGGCGGCGACGACAAGGGACGAGGACCGCUCGCCGUCCUCCCUGCGUGCGGCGCCGCUCCCGGCGGCCGGCCGGCCCUCGGGAGUGCCGGCGAGGAAGAGAGACUGGAGGAGUGAUGAUGAGUGUGGAUUCUUCUGUGGGAUUAGAAGCCACGUCUGUUGUGAUCGGAAAACUCCAGGAAUAACAGCAGACAUGGAUGAACAGGCUCUUUUAGGGCUAAAUCCAAAUGCUGAUUCAGACUUUAGACAAAGGGCCCUGGCUUAUUUUGAGCAGUUAAAGAUUUCCCCAGAUGCCUGGCAGGUGUGUGCAGAGGCUCUCGCACAGAAGACAUACAGUGAUGAUCACAUAAAAUUUUUCUGCUUCCAAGUAUUAGAACAUCAAGUUAAAUACAAGUACUCAGAACUCAGCACAGCCCAGCAGCAGCUCAUCAGGGGGACACUCCUGUCGUGGCUGCAAGCUCAGAUGCUGAAUCCCCAGCCAGAGAAGACCUUUAUACGGAAUAAAGCAGCCCAGGUCUUCGCCUUGCUUUUUGUUACGGAGUAUCUCACCAAAUGGCCCAAGUUUUUCUUUGACAUUCUCUCAGUCGUGGACCUGAACCCCAGGGGAGUGGAUCUGUACCUGCGCAUCCUCAUGGCCAUCGAUUCAGAGUUGGUGGACCGGGAUGUGGUUCACACAUCAGAGGAGGCGCGCAGGAAUACUCUGAUCAAAGACACAAUGAGAGAACAGUGCAUUCCAAGUCUGGUGGAGUCGUGGUACCAGAUCUUACACAGUUACCAGUACACUAACUCAGAAGUGCUGUGCCAGUGCCUUGAAGUCGUCGGGGCUUACGUCUCUUGGAUAGACUUGUCCCUUAUAGCCAAUGAUAGGUUUAUAAAUAUGCUGCUAGGUCACAUGUCAGUAGAAGUUCUGCGGGAAGAAGCAUGCGACUGUCUGUUUGAAAUUGUGAAUAAAGGGAUGGACCCUGUGGAUAAGAUGAAGCUAGUACAGUCCUUGUGUCAGGUGUUGCAGACGGCUGGGUUCUUCAGCAUUGACCAGGAAGAAGACUUGGACUUUGUGGCCAGAUUUUCUAAGCUGGUCAAUGGAAUGGGACAGUCAUUAAUAGUUAGCUGGACUAAAUUAAUUAAGAAUGGGGCUGUCAAGAAUGCACAAGAGGCACUUGAAGCGAUCGAGACAAAAGUACCACUUAUGUUACAGCUGCUAGUUCAUGAGGAUGAUGAUAUCUCCUCUAACAUUAUUGGAUUUUGUUACGAUUAUCUUCAUAUUUUGAAACAGCUUCCAGUGCUCUCGGACCAGCAAAAAGCUAAUAUAGAGGCAAUCAUGUUGGCUGUUAUGAAAAAAUUGACUUAUGAUGAAGAAUAUAACUUUGAAAAUGAAGGUGAAGAUGAGGCCAUGUUUGUAGAAUAUAGAAAACAGCUGAAGUUGCUGCUGGACAGGCUCGCUCAGGUGUCACCAGAGUUAGUGCUGGCUUCUGUCCGCAGGGUGUUCAGUGCCACACUGCAGAACUGGCAGACCACACGCUUCAUGGAGGUGGAGGUGGCAGUGAGGCUGCUGUACAUGCUGGCGGAAGCUCUCCCCGUGUCCCACGGUGCGCACUUCUCAGGUGACGUUUCCAAAGCUAGUGCUUUGCAGGACAUGAUGCGAACGUUGGUAACGUCAGGAGUGAGUUCCUACCAGCACACGUCUGUGACACUGGAGUUCUUUGAAACUGUUGUUCGAUAUGAAAAGUUCUUCACAGUUGAACCUCAGCACAUUCCAAGUGUACUAAUGGCUUUCUUAGAUCACAGGGGUCUGUGGCAUUCCAGCGCUAAAGUCCGGAGCAGAACCGCUUACCUGUUCUCCAGAUUUGUCAAAUCUCUCAAUAAACAGAUGAAUCCUUUCAUUGAGGAGAUUUUGAAUAGAAUCCAAGACUUGUUGGCCCUUUCUCCCCCUAACGGUCUCCAGUCCUUGCUGAGCAGCGAUGAUCAGCUCUUCAUUUACGAAACAGCUGGCGCCCUGAUCGUCAAUGGCGACUACCCCGCGGAACACAAGCAGGCCCUAAUGAAGGACCUCCUGACGCCGCUCAUGGAGAGGUUUAAGGUUCUGUUGGAGAAGCUGAUGAUGGCUCAGGAUGAGGAAAGGCAGGCAUCUCUGGCGGACAGCCUCAACCAUGCGGUUGGAUUUGCCAGUCGAACCAGCAAGGCUUUCAGCAACAAGCAGACUGUGAAGCAGUGUGGCUGCUCCCAGGUGUAUCUGGACUGUUUACAGACCUUCCUGCCAGCCCUCAGCUGCCCUGUACAAAAGGACAUUCUCAGAAGUGGAGUUCGAACUUUCCUUCACCGAAUGAUCAUUUGCCUAGAGGAAGAAGUGCUUCCCUUCAUCCCGUCUGCCUCAGAACACAUGCUCAAAGACUGUGAAGCGAAAGACCUCCAGGAAUUCAUUCCACUCAUCAACCAGAUUACGGCCAAGUUCAAGAUUCAGGUGUCCCCAUUUCUACAGCAGAUGUUCAUGCCCCUGCUUCAUGCCAUUUUUGAAGUGCUGCUGCGGCCAGCAGAAGAAAACGACCAGUCGGCCGCCUUAGAGAAGCAGAUGCUGCGCAGGAGUUACUUCGCCUUCCUGCAAACCGUCACUGGCAGCGGAAUGAGCGAGGUGAUCGCAAAUCAAGGUGCGGAGAAUGUAGAACGGGUGCUGGUGACCGUUAUCCAGGGAGCCGUUGAGUAUCCGGAUCCGAUUGCACAGAAGACGUGUUUCAUCAUCCUCUCAAAGCUGGUGGAGCUCUGGGGAGGUAAAGACGGACCAGUGGGAUUCGCUGAUUUCGUUUAUAAGCACAUUGUCCCUGCAUGUUUCCUAGCUCCUCUAAAGCAGACCUUCGACCUGGCUGACGCGCAGACAGUGUUGGCGCUUUCCGAGUGUGCUGUGACGCUGAAAACCAUCCACCUCAGACGGGGCCCCGAAUGUGUUCAGUAUCUUCAACAGGAAUACCUGCCCUCCUUACAAGUCGCUCCAGAAAUAAUUCAGGAGUUCUGUCAAGCGCUUCAGCAGCCUGAUGCUAAAGUUUUUAAAAAUUACCUUAAGGUGUUCUUCCAGAGAGCGAAGCCCUGAGGACUGGAUUCCCUGUCCUGUGUCAAGACCAGGAAUUCUGGUUCAUAAUUUAUAAAGAAGCAGUUUUGUGUGCCAUCACACCUUCUUUUAACGUUGUUUUGAGCUUAUUGCUGUGUAUGUGGGAUUUUCUGUAAAAUGGGUGUAAUUUUCCCUAAAUACAGGUAUGUGACAACAAGAAAAGUUGCCUGCAUGCCAGUUUAAAUUGUUUAUGUAAAAAUGCUGUUAAAGACAUAGAUUUAUCCUAGUACCUUAAUUUUUUUCUUUAUAUGAAACUUUAAAGUUCUUUAUAAGAAAAACUAUAGCAGUGGGAAACUGACUAACAAUUGAAUGUAAAGUUGGAAAUGUUCAGUUUUAUGUGUGCACACACAUAAACUAUGGGGUAACAAUCAAAACAUAAUUUUCUGUAGAUAGCCGUUACAUUUCUUGAAACUGUUUUAAUGCCAAUGUGUAUUCUAUAAGAGAAUGGGUUCCUAAAUUAGUCAGUUUAAAAGUAGGUGCUGGUGUUACACAUUUUUUAUAAAAAAAUAAAUUUUACAUAGUGAAAUAUACCAAGUCUUCUCCGGAAUUCUUACAAAUAGCCUCAUUUCCCCACCUGAGUCACUCUGAUUUCCACCUCAAGGUUUGCAGAGAUGAAUGUGGAUGCCUCAGUUCACUGACUACGCCCCUAAAGGUCACUCAGCUUAGGUCUGUUAAGUUAGUCUUUUUUAAAUGCACUAGAAACUGGCUCCAUGAAUCUAUGAUAGGAUUAUAAAUCCCAGUGUUUGUCUAUGAAUUAGGUGUACUUAGAGCACAGUAAGUACACUUAGAUUUGUUUGUUUGUUUUUGUCUUGAGACUGGGUCUCGCUAUAUUAGACCAGGCUGGCCUCAAAUUCAGAGCUCUGCUGUCUCUGCCUCCCAGCUGCUAGGAUUAAAGGUGUGAAUCACCCACCAGGUCUGACCACCUGUGUGUUGAUGACUUUGUAGUCAGUCACUGCUUCAUUACUACAAGGACUGCUGUUGCUAUAGGAAGAGCUGGAAGAAGAGGUGUGGGUGCAGUGGGAACCUUAGAAAAGGACAGAACUACAGCAGCAUCGCCAUAGACAUGCAGUUUCAGUUUUAAAGGCCCAGGUAAGGCCCGGGUCUAACUCCCAAGCGUGCCGAGUCCCAGGUUCCAUACCCAGCACUGCAUAAAAGUAGAGGGGGAAAUAGGGAAGAGAUCAGAGGUCCCAGGCUGUCCUCUGCUACAUCGUGAGCUUAAGGCAAGCCUGGGCUACAUGAGAACCUGCCUAAAAGUAUAGCAGGUAGAACCCUGAUGGCUUUCUGAGAAGUUGGGGGUAUAGUACUUAGUGAGUGGUAGAGCACUUGCUUGAGAACCUGAGUUCGGUCCCUACUACCACAGAACAGGGAGCAGACAAAAAGAUUUCAGGAGGGAUGUGUGUGUGUGUGUGUGUGUGUGUGUGUGUGUGUGUGUUGUCCGUGGAUUUGUGACACGUGAAUGGCCUGGAAUGUGUGUGUGUGUGUACCUACGUACAUCUGUGUGUGUGUUGGGGGUUAGGUGGAUAAGAACCUUUUUUGAGAGUGUCUUCCACUGAACCUGGAGCGCAGUGUCUCAGCGAGGUUGGCUGGCCAGCAGACUUCCUGUCUCUGUGUGCUAGUCCUCAGGUUGCAGAUGGUGACUGUACCAGCUUUUAUGUGGGUUCUGGAUAUCCAAAUUCAGUCCUCACUCUUGUUCAGAAAGCACUGACCUGCGGAGCCCUAGAUUUACUCUGAAUUAUGCACAUGGAUCUUUUUCUGAUUUUAACUCCACAAGAGAUAGUCAGCAUUUUCCUUCUAUUAUAAAAUAAAGGCAGUAAAAUGGGCAGCUAAGAAUAGUUCUACUGAAUGAUAAAAAUAGAUUAGUGAAGUAUAUAAUACUUCAAUAAAUAAUGAUUUUUUUGUAAAAAAAAAAAAAAUAGGUAAGUGGGGCAGGUUUGGUGGCUCAUGCUUAUAAUCACACCAUUCAGAGGAGGCCAAGGCCAGUCUGGGCCAGAGUGAGACUCGGUUUCAAAAACAAAAAAGACAAGCAAAACUGGGUGUUUCUUUGCUAUUUUCCUGUGCACUGUGAGGUGUAAUAGCUUCUGUUGCAACAGUGAUUGCACAAGGUAUUGUAGUGACUAGCAUACAUAGUAGUGAACAAGACCUGUAUACUGUGGACUCUGGACCCAAGUUAAGUAGGUUCCAACGCCACUUACACCAGUAACUGAGUUUAGGACCUUGAGCAAGUUAAAUGAUUUCUUCCUGCCUUGGUUUCCCCCUCAGAAAUGGGGGAAAUAAUGGUAGCUACCUCAUAACUUGUUAAGAAUUCAAUGAAUUAAAACAUAGGUCUCAGUAUUAGCUUGUAUUACUGUACUAUUGAGUCCGUCCAUGGCUCUUUAAAGCCCCACAAUAGAGUAACGUGUGUUUAGACCUUCGGGAUCAGGCUGGGGGAAUCAGAGUGUAGAAGUCAGGAACUUCAUGUCAAUGUAAUCAUGUAUAAGAAUGCUCAUCUUCAUUCCUGGAGGUUACCGUCAUGACAGGAAACUGUCCCAUCAUUAGGUACCUUAUUUUUAAGAGCAAGCACCCAAAUAAUUGUCUCAAGAGUCAGUCUCACUUGUUACAGGUGAGAAGACAGAGGUGGAAGACAUGGGUUUUGUGGUGCCCAAACCGUUUUGUUUCAGUCUCCAUGCUUGCUAAUGGGCUCACCAGUGGCUUGACUUUUGAAGAAAGUACUAUGUGGUAUUUUAAUGUGUAUCACUUAUGUGGUAAACAUGGGAAGUCCUUUGGCUUAGUCCUAUUUCCUCCAUAAUUUUUGAGCUGUGGGUUUUUCUGACUUGGAGGGACCUGUCACUCAUGUCAUUAUCAGAACUGAAAUAGGUUUUAAUUGUAAGCAGAAAGUGCAUUUACUGUUAGAAUGAUUUCAUUGCCUAAACUGUUUAAAAUUCUAAUAAAAUAACUUUCUUUCUAAGAA